AGCUAUGGACAAUGAACACAAUUGCAUUUUAUCGAUAGCAAUUUGAAUAGAUACCGUUACGAGAUCCUGAGGCCCAUUGUUGUGCCAUUCAUCCAACGCCAUCACCUCAUGUUUCAGCAUGAUAAUGCAUGGACGGCCCCAUGUCGCAAGGAUCUGUACAUAAUUCCUGGAACGUGAAAAUGUCCCAGUUCUUCCAUGGCCUGCAUACUCGCCAGACAUGUCACCCAUUGAGCAUGUUUGGGAUGCUCUGGAUCGACAAGUACAACAGCGUGUUCCAGUCCCCGCCAAUAUCGAGCAACUUCGCACAGCCAUUGAAGAGGAGUUUUAAAUAUAUAUAUUUCACCUUUAUUUAACCAGGUAGGCUAGUUGAGAACAAGUUCUCAUUUACAACUGUGACCUGGCCAAGAUAAAGCAAAGCAGUGCGACAAAAACAACAGAGUUAAACAUGGGAUAAACAAACGUACAGUCAAUAACACAAUAGAAAAAUCUGUAUACAGUGUGUGCAAAUGAAGUAAGGAGGUAAGGCAAUAAAUAGGCCAAUAGUGGCAAAGUAAUUAAAAUUCAGCAAUUUACACUGGAGUGAUAUAUGUGCAGAUGAGGAUAUGCAAGUAGAAAUACUGGUGUGCAAAAGAGCAGAAAAACAAAUAUGGGUUUGGUUGGUUGGAUGGGCUAUUUACAGAUGGGUUGUGUACAGCUGGGGUUGUGUACAGCUGCAGCGAUCGGUAAGCUGCUCUGACAGCUGCCGCUUAAAGUUAGUGAGGGAGAUAUAAGUCUCCAGUGGGACAACAUUCCACAGGUCACAAUCAACAGCCAGAUCAACUCUAUGGGAAGGAGAUGUGUCGUGCUGCAUGAGGCAAUUGGUGGUCACACCAGAUACUGACUGGUUUUCUGAUUCACUCCCCUACCUUUUUUUUAAGGUAACUGUGACCAACAGAUGCAUAUCUGUAUUCCCAGCUGUGAAAUCCAUAGAUUAGGGCCUAAUUAAUUAAUUUCAAUUGACUAAUUUCCUUAUAUGAACUGUAGCUCAGUAAAAUCUUAACAAUUGUUGCAUGUUGUGUUUAUAUUUUUGUUCAGUGUAAAAGUAGCAGCUAGAGAGAGCCCUUUAUAUGGAAUAUAGUGCAAUUUGGGAUGCAAGAAAGGGAGACAUGCCCCUGUGCCAUUACUGACCUCCAUUAGGCUAUGAGGUUAAUCCCAUGCUGCUCUGAUUCCCCUCACCAUGUUUACUUGGUUCUAUGGUAUUUGGUAAUAUAAUUACAUAACUGAUUCAUUAAUAACAUACCUGAUUCAUUAAUUACAUAACUGAUUCAUUAAUUACAUAACUGAUUCAUAGGAGCUCUGUGUUUGGGGUUGUUGUUUAACACCUUACAUGCACACAGACAGAGAUAACAGUAUUGUAAUUUAAAUGCUUUUUACCCACAUAACCUAACUCAGAACAGGAAAAUCAUGUUAUCAAAGAUUCCAAAGAAAAUAAGGAAUAUACACACGAAUGGACAUAUACCUCAUGAAGUCAUUUAGAAGAGGCAUUGAGAAGAGGCUCUUGUUUGUGAAUCAAGCGCUGUAUGCUGCGUCACAUUGCCCAGGUAAACUACAGGAGACUGUUUAUGGGGGCGGAGUUGAGAGCGCGCGCGGGUCUCGGUCGAUAUAGACCGAGGCUUUCAUUUCUUCACUAGAGGUUACAGCUGAGUUGACGACUCACAUACAAGAGCAAUGAACGGUCCGGUCGACUCGGAUUAUCGGAGACGCAUUUUGUGAAUUUUCCGAAUUUGAACAUCUUUUCAGUCUCGGAAAUCAGAAUACGAACCGUUACAAUGUCACACACGGAGUUUGAGGUAGCUGGACGCGGCUUCCCAAGCCUUUCCGUCGAACUGAAAGAUGACUGCUUAUCUGGCCGGGUCCCGUCGAUGACACGGAGGAACAACUUGGGUGCCAGGAGAAACUCUUAUGGACUUCACAAAAUUAACAUGGACAUCGACCCACAACUCUAUGGUGGAGCGCUUUCAAAGGCUCUUUCCGGGUCCGCGGAGAAUAUUUUAACUUUAACGGAGGCCAGAGUUGAGGACCACAAAACGGAGACUCCGUUGGCGUCUCCAUCUCCGGUCUCCAUCCCGGGCGCGAGCAUCACCGGCAGCAAGUCCCCCUGUACCCAAGUCAAGGACCCGGUCACCCCUCUGGUGAACAACUGGAGCUCGAUCCUGAGCCCCAACAGACAAGAUGCCAGCUCGGACUCAGACAAUGAGCUUGUUCAAAACAAACCACACGACGUGUUGUCACGCAGUCCGUAUGAACGCAAAUGGGAACAGGAGGAGAGGGAGGACAUUGAGACCAAAGCUGUGGCCACCUCACCUGAUGGAAGAUACCUGAAAUUCAACAUUGAGAUUGGGAGGGGUUCGUUUAAGACCGUUUAUAAAGGACUGGACACAGAGACUACUGUGGAAGUGGCAUGGUGCGAGCUGCAGGUGAGUGACAGACAUCAUUUUACAUUAUCGUCAUGAAACAAUGGUGAUCAUGAUGUUAUCAGACCUUUUUUCUCGUGCUGAAUUGCUAAUAUGAUAAACAUCGUUAAUUUAAAUCUAUUGGCACCAUAGAAGUUAUUCUUAUUUAUUUUUUGUGCAUGUGAUGUAGUUCAUGGGGAUAAUUAGCCUGAUGCUUGGUGACACUGCUAUGACACUACCAACUGCCAGUAGUAGGUUAUGUAGUGACAGUGGACCAGGUGGGACAUAGACACCUCAGAGUCCUAGGCCUAUACUUUUCUCCUUCACUUUAGAAUAGGCCUAAUUCAUAGGCCUACACUCUCAGUACAAAACCCCAACAACCUCAUGGGUCUCCCUCUGGUGAAAGUUCCAGAGCAAUCUGUGACAUUGGUUGGU